UAGCUAAUGACAUACACAACAUUACAUCACGUCACGUAUGAAUAUUGGACAUGAGAUCAGACCAGAUAUGAGGUGACAAUAAGUGAGUGAUGCUGACAUCACCUCGACCCUAUAUAGCUGUGGUGUGUAGUAGCUACCAAAUGCCCUUAUGUGUUCGUGCAUAAAUUGCUCAACCUAUAGUCACUGAACAAUUAGCUAGCUACCUAAGGCGGAAUAAUAUGGCUGAAGCUCCCUCAGACCCGAUGCCUACCUAUUCUCAAGUGCCAAGUGCCGCUGUGGACUCAGCAGGUGGUGGGCAUAUCUUGGUUCACGGAGGUGGCUCAGUCUUCAACAGUUAUGGCAGUAGUGAGGCUGAUGAUGAAGAAUUGGCUGUUAAUGAUGGUGACACCCAACAUGAGAAUGCAAGUGAGAACUUUGAGCGUCUUGCCGUUGGUGCUCAGAGGCUGAUUCCUGCAGAUACUCAUGUGCUAGAAGAAAGAAAGGAAGCUCCAGGAUAUGUCUCUAUCUGUGAAGGACCAAAACAAUGCCUGAUAUGUACAUCUGAUUUUGGGGCAGUUUUACUAUCUGCACUACUAGUUCUAGUAGCCAUAUUUUCAGUGAUAAUGCUGUAUCGCAAUACUAUGCUCUCCGGAAGUACUCUUUGCACCGAGUAUGAGGCCCUAACAACUGAAACUAUACUGUGUGGAAUGGGAGAUUCCUGCUCGGCUAGUGGAAUGAAUGUAAGUGUGGGUGGGCAGUACACAACCAACCAAGCAAUCAAGACUUGGCUUGUUCCCCGCGACGAGCUGAAAUCUUACAACCGGCAACGAGAGCCAGUUCGGUUUGAGGGACCAUUGACCAGCAGCAUACUAUUUUCAUCACCAACAGUAACAUACUACUCUUGGAGAGAAACAGUAGUUUCAGGUAACUGCUGCAUCAUAAACAAUGGAGGUACAACAGCACAAGUAACACUGGAGAUCUUUCCAACCUACCACAGUGCAAUAAAACCGAUUCAGAAAGAUGCGAUUUUCAUGGAAAAUAUCUCUGUGAAAAGCAAUAACACGCAGUGCUUUGAUAAAUGGGGACCCGGAAAGCCAUUUGUUGCAGAAAUCGAUGGUUACUUUUUCUUUUCACUUUCUACAUCGACAGAGGUUAACUACAUCUUUGAAAUGGUCACAAAGCAGGUUUAUGUCAAUGGAAUGCAAUAUAGAGACCCACACUAUUUCACAAGUAGUAACUACUCGGCCUUGGCAUAUGGCAAAUGCUUCGAAAACAGUGGAGUACAUAAACAGCCUGAAGAUUACAUCAUCCUUUGCAAAGCAAUUUCUGAGGAUGUUGAAACCGAGUCACUCGAAAUUCUUUCAUGCCCUCUCCACCUAUCUUCUCCUUAUAAAAAUCUAUGGCUAUCUCUGAUGGCUGUGUUUUCUAUUCUAGCCCUCAUAUUCAUAGUAAUAGCAGCUUGCAUUUUCUGGAGGGGGAAGCUUUGGAAGAUAAGAAAGCAGCCACAACAAGAAUGUACAACUGAUAGUAGUGAACUACUUGUAUGACGUAACGGAAAUAUUGUGCAUGAUUUUAAUUAUAAUAUUUAACCCUCGGUUGCGCAUGCGCCACGGGAAGAUGGAAGACGUGGCAUCUGCCAUAUCUCACUGACUUGGUGGAAAGAUCAUAAGAAUGAACCUCCACUGUGGGCAAGUGCAUGCUCUGCACCAGCAGAGCGUGUGUUUCUUAAUUCUUUCAACUCACAGCAAGAAUCCUCAUUGAAAGAU